UUCCAGUACGUGGGGAAGGCGGCCAAGCGGAAAGACCGCGUCUUCGUGUGGGGCUUCUGCUACUCGGGCGCCCUGGGCGUCCCCAGCUUCGUGAAGCCGGACGUGGGCUGGAAGAAGCCGCGGCGGAUCCAACCCACGCCCUACCGGCUGGAAACGGAGGAGAAGAUAUCCUCUGCUGCCUGCGGUUAUGGAUUCACGCUGCUGUCCUCUAACACCACGGACAUCACUAAAGUGUGGGGCAUGGGGCUGAACAAGGAUUCCCAGCUUGGAUUUCAGAGAAGCAGAAGAGAUCGAACUAAGGGCUAUGAAUAUGUCUUGGAACCAUCUCCAAUUCCAUUACCAUUGGAGAAGCCGCAGCAAACUCGAGUCUUGCAGGUGUCCUGUGGGAGAGCCCAUUCCCUGAUCCUGACAGAUAGUGAAGGAGUUUUCACCAUGGGGAACAAUUCUUAUGGACAGUGUGGCCGGAAGGUUGUUGAAGAUGAAACUUACAGUGAAAGCCAUCUAAUUCAUCAGCUGAAGGAGUUUGACAGCAGAGUUGUCCAGGUUGUGUGCGGGCAGGACCACAGUCUGUUUAGAACCAAGAAAGGUGCGGUCUACGCCUGUGGAUGGGGGGCUGAUGGACAAACAGGUCUUGGACACUACAACAUCACCAGUGUUCCUACUAAGCUAUGUGGUGACAUUGCUGGAGUAAACAUUAUCCAGGUCUCUUCCUAUGGGGACUGUUGUCUGGCUGUUUCAGAUGAAGGAGAUGUCUUUGGUUGGGGAAAUUCAGAAUAUUUGCAGUUGGCAUCUGUCACAGAAACCACACAGGUAAAUGUUCCUAGACAUUUACCAUUCAAGAUUGGGAAGAUAAAGGAGGCUGCAUGUGGAGGGACUGGCAAUAUUGUGCUAACGGAAGAAGGAAAUGUUUUUGUCUGGGGAUAUGGAAUUCUUGGGAAAGGACCAAACCUAAUAGAGACAGCAGUGCCAGAGAUGAUCCCACCCAGCCUUUUUGGCUGGUCAGACUUCAAUCCGGACAUCCGUGUUGCUCACAUUCGCUGUGGACUCAGCCAGUUUGCGGCACUUACAAACAGAGGAGAAUUGUUUGUAUGGGGCAAGAAUCUAAGAGGGUGCCUGGGAACUGGAAGAAUGGAAGACCAGUAUUUCCCAUGGAGGGUGACUGUACCCGGUGAGGUGGUGGAUGUUGCGUGUGGAGUUGAUCAUAUGGUAAGCUUGGUUAAGUCUUUCACCUAGUGAUGUUGCUGGGCCUCAGCACUGUGCUAAGAAGACAGGGGGACUUGGUGACGACCUUCUUGGAAAGAAAGACACGUUCUGUGAAGCCAGGCAAGAAGUGACUGUGAGCAGAGACAGCCAUAGCAGUGCCUGGGUCUGUUGUCGUCUCUGCAUCAUUGAAAUGCUCUGGCCUGGCUGCAGGAAGGAGGUACGUUCCCCGAGGAGAGUGGAAAUGCAGGGAGUGCUCUGGCUGGUUCCUGAUGAGCUCCCAAAGAGUCUGAGGCCCAGCCCACAGCUGGGGAGUCCCUCUGUGUGUAAGGAUGAAGACCAUCUCCCUCAGGAAAAACUGGCACGAGGUGAAAUUUGUAGCACAGGACAUUCAUUUAUGGAUGCUUUCCUUGUCACCAGCUCUGGGGUAUCAAUGUUGGGUUGAGCCAAACUAUUUCUCAAGGGAUUUUUAAUAACUAUUUUUUAUGUGGAAGAAAGGCCAUGCUGGCUUAUGGAGUCCAGCACAGCCGUCCUUGGUGUCCGCCACCAGCUGUGC